GUGAGGAGUCCUUAAAGGACCAGGAAGUUGACCCAGUCUAGGGCCCCUGAAGAGAGAGCUGUGGUCCACGAGUGGAGAGGAGACCCUGAGCCGGAACUGGUGCAGGAGCUUUGGGCCCGAAAACACUCUUUUUAGAGUUUCUCCCGGUACCCAUUCAAGAUGUCUUCCUUAAGUGGGAAAGUCCAGACAGUCUUGGGCCUUGUGGAGCCUAGCAGACUGGGCCGGACCCUGACCCAUGAGCACCUCACAAUGACUUUUGACUUCUGCUACUGCCCACCGCUUCCAUGCCAUGAAGUUACCUCCCAGGAACCCUUUAUGCUCAAAAAUUCAUAUUGGAUUCAGAAAAACCCUUAUUCCCACAAGGAGAAUCUUCAGUUGAACCAGGAGAUGGAAGCUGUCAGAGAGGAACUGUUGAAUUUCAAAAGCAAAGGCGGCGGGUCUGUGGUGGAGAACACCACCACUGGCAUCAGCCGAGAUGUGCAGACUUUAAAGCAGCUGGCAGAAGAGACCGGGGUCCACAUCAUUUCCGGAGCAGGGUUCUAUGUGGAUGCCACCCACUCUCCAGAGACCAGAGCCAUGUCAGUGGAGCAGCUUACCGAGGUCCUCGUUAAUGAAAUUCUCCAUGGAGCUGACGGGACUAAGAUCAAAUGUGGUGUCAUUGGAGAGAUUGGCUGCUCCUGGCCACUGACAGAGAGUGAAAGGAAGGUUCUCCAGGCCACAGCCCAGGCCCAGGUCCAGCUUGGCUGCCCUGUUAUCAUUCAUCCCGGGAGGAACUCCAGCUCUCCAUUCCAGAUUAUCCGGCUAUUGCAAGAGGCAGGUGCAGACAUCUCCAAAACAGUCAUGUCACACCUUGACAGGACUAUACUUGAUAAGAAAGAGCUACUGGAGUUUGCUCAACUUGGCUGCUACUUGGAAUAUGAUCUCUUUGGUACUGAAGUCCUUACUUAUCAGUUCAGCCAGGAUAUUGACAUGCCUGAUGAUAAUAAAAGAAUUAGAAGUGGUUCCUCCCUUCUGGCGACAUCCCUGCAACGACUGUUCUCCCAUACAAUGGCACCAUGUGACCGAGGAGCCCUUAGUCUGGGAGUGACUUGGCAGGUUCUCUUGAGAGUCAGGAUAUACAUGUGUUUCUUGAGUCACAGCAUCAGCUUUUUCAUGAGAUAACUGAUCUCUGGAUUUUCAACUUAAUGAGUCCUAAGGGUUCUCAUUUUUUAUUUUAUCUUUUUAAACACAUUAAUUUAUGUCUUUAGUGAGAGCAAGAGCCAGAACAUACACACUCUGGCAUACACAGUGUGGAACUGGGGUGGGGGGGGGGAAGGACUUGUGCAUGCAAGUCCUGCACUCCACUGCUGAGCCACCUCCCUGGUUACUCCCCGAUUUGAAACAAGUCUCUUGUCCACUGCAUUCUAUCCUUUCUAAAUCACAGUUCCUAACUUUGUGAUUCAGGGUGUGACAUCAGACCUUUCUCAAGAAUCUCUUUGGGCACUUUUACAGUAAAGACACUUUUUUUCCCCUCAAUGGAGUAAUGAAAAUAUAAGGGGAAAGUUUACCCUAGAACUUCCUGCACUGUGACAACCCUUUGCACUGGUGGAUCAUGGUUUCACACACCAAGUUUCUGCAGUCUACAGGCACUCUGUUAAAUCUCCCUCUGCCUUUUUUUUUUUUUUUUUUUUUUUGCCUCUUGGGUUAUUGCACUAUGGAUCCACUGUUCCUGGAGGCUUUUUUCUUUUCUUUCUUCCUUCCUUUCUUUUUUAUAGGGUAGGACAGAGAGAAAUUGAGAGAGGAGGGAAGAUAGAGAGAGAAAGAUAGACACCUACAGACCUGCUUCACCACUUGUGAAGCCACCCCCCUGCAGGUGGAAAUCCAGGAAAAUUUUUUCAUAAAUGGUUAUAGUUCUCUUAGAUGAUUCUCCUCAGGCAUUUCUUCCAGAAGUAACUUCACAUUAAAACUCUUGGACAGGGGGUCUGGCUGUAGCGCAGCGGGUUAAGCACACGUGGUGCAAAGCGUAAGGAUCGACAUAAGGAUCCCGGUUCGAGCCCCUGGCUUCCCACCGGCAGGGGAGUC